AUUCCUCCUCCUACUUCAUGCAGAAAUUGAAGAGAUGUCUUCGAAAGAAACAGUAAGUGUUGUAGGAAGUGAGGUAAUGCCUCUGGAGUACGGUGGGAUAGACUCAGAUAGUAGGCCAUCUAGUUCGGAAAGGACAAUGGAGGGAGUAGGAGGAGGUGAGGUAGUUGGGGUUGGGGUAGAUAGUGUACCCAUAACUGUGGUAGAAGUAGAGGGUAGGAAAGAGAGAUGCUAUGAUGUAGAUGCAGAUAUCGUAGAUGAGAAGGCUAAGAGAGCCAACCAGAAUAAAUUUAGUUUAAAUGAGGAUGAGGAGGAAGAGGUGGGGAAGUUGGUGAGGGAAGGGGGGAAUUUAAUAAACAUCACGUACCUCACCAACGCAGAAUGCAUAGAAGUUGCUGAGCUCUAUGGGCCAAGCACUCUAAGUGAAGUUGAAAUGGACAAAUUUUUUAGCGUUGCUAAAGGAGUGGCCAUCCCCAAGAAGCCAAGGAAAAAGUCAAAGACUUCAACCAAGAGGGGCACUACAGAGGAAGAAAAUGGUGGUGGAGGAAGAGGAGAGGAAGAGGAGAGGGGAAGCGAAGUUCCCCAGUUUGUGCCUCAGCCUCCUCCUGUUGAGCUCGACCCUGAGCUUAGGGAAUUUGAAGAGGGGGCUGAGGUACGAGUUCCUGGCAAGGGGAAGGGCCUUGUUCCCCCUUUGUCCUUUCAAAGCAGUCUGUUUGAGGCAAAGAACAUGACGGGGGCUAGGAGAUUUAUCAAUGCCACCUUCCCUGAAGUGGAUAAACGUUACGCACGGGACAAGGCUCUGAGGUACUGUGGGGCUUCAGUGGUGAAGCAUGUUUUGGAGCGCGAGCUUGGUGAAUGGUCUAGCCCAGGAGUUUAUGGAGAGUGUGAAGGAGCGCUCCCUCUUGCAAAGGCAUGUAAGGCUCAGGAGAAGGAAAUAAGGCUGACGAAGGAGGCUUAUAUGGAGCUGAAGAAGAAUGUGCAGCUGCUGGUGCACAAUGGGAUGGAGGAGCGCAUCAGCAACUUCGUCAGCUCCAGCUCAUUUGACAGCAUUGUCAACCUCUACCGGCUGCCAACUGCCAUCCUCGCAUUCACAGAUUGCAGAAAAAAGGUGAAGGCUGAGUAUCCCGAAGUGGAUAUUACAAAGAUCACCUUCGGUGAGCAAGAAGAGGGAGUGGAGAAGAAUGAUGAGAGCAUGUCAGCAGACUUUUGUCCUCAGAUCAAACUGAGGUGGGAUCAUGAUGCAGACGGACGCAUUGUUUUCCCUCCAAAUUUUGACUUCAAGUUCGUUACAGUGGAAGAAGAAGAGGCAGAGGUAGAGGGAGAUGAAGUGGGGGCUGGAGUGGAAGGAACUGAAGUGGAUGAGAGCCAACCAGCUCUAGAGGUAGAGAUUCAUCCAGUUCCUUCUGACGAUGAGCAGCCUCCUCUACCAGAUGAGCAGCCGCCAACACAGCCACCUCUUCCAGCUGAGCAGCAGCCAGUUCAGUCGCCUCCUUCAACAGAGGAAUAAAUAUUUUUGUUUUUUAAUUUUCCUUUGAUAUUUUUGUUGUAAUAAUAGUAAAAUAAUCUGUUGUAAUAUGUUCAUGAUUGAAUUUAAAUGACAGUUUUGUUUUCGACACCAUGUACGAUGUUUACUUUACAUUUUUGUUGUUUUAUAUUAAUAUAAGAACUGAGACUAG